CUGAGGGCUGAUGGGUCCUGAGGGUUUUUCCCGUUGUUGAGCCGGGGGCUCCUUUUGAUAAAGGAGUCUGAAGGAGAAAGCCCAGAGGCAUGAAUGGUGUUGUAUGAUGGGUGCCGGACGGGAGCACCUCUGUGUUUUCAAAAUAUAACCGUUGUAAUAUGACCGUUGGAGGGGGCGUGGGGGGUGGUGUCCACGUGGCAUGCUCCCGCCGGCUGUUUUGCCGUACACAUACUCUCGGUGGAAUUGGGCCUCCGAUUCCCCCUCCACCCCUUAUGAUCGAGUACCUUCGGUUCGUCAAGCUCGCCCCCUGUCAGCUGACCCCAAACAGCUGUUCAUACUUGGCUGGUUUCCUUUCCCUUUGCCAGAGUAGGGACGUGGAGCCCACUUUAGAUCAAUUCUUCCUCUCCUUCAACCUCUGCCGGGGAGGUCACUCAAAUGUUGGAGGCUUCGCCAACCUGCAGCAGCUCCCCGAGUUCAGACUCUUCGACGAUGUCCCCUCGUCUCACAAGGGGUGGAAAGAAAAGUUUUGCUAUGUCCGCAUGGCAGAGAAUCCCUUCCCGGCCCCACUCCGUGAUAGCUUCCGAAGGCAUUUAAAGGCAGGGAGUGCCGCCUUGGAGAAGAAGAGGAUGAAACUUUCCAAGAAGUCGGAGGGAUCCGAGAAGCACGUAUUGAUCAAGGUCGCCACCCUCCCGGACGAGCUUUACGACUUGGGCUUCCGUCGAUACCGGCUGAUGGGGGAAAAAGAUGAGAGAUACCCCCUAUCGAUAGGGUCUACCAAAGCACCGGAGGUUGUCGCCUUAUCGAGGGCUGUCAUUUCAUACUUAGAAAAAAAAAAUGCGUCUUGCUGUAGCAAUAUUCUAACUCUUCUGUAUUUCCUUUGCUUUUCAGGACUAGACAUGGAUUCUAACAACCUCGCCAGGUUGAAGAGGCAACUCGCCAAAGAGGAUAAGAAGAAAGAGGCCCCAGCGUAGCAGAGGGCGGUGGAUGACAUAUUCCCGAAGGCCGCAGUUGGGAAUGAUGGUGGGCCUGUGGUGAAGGCUGCCAUCGGUGAUGAUGCCGGCUCUACAGCCGAGGGCUCCCCCGUCGAGGAGCUAAAGAGGAAGCGAGCCGGGAAGGCCGCGGUGCCACCGGAGGGGAAGAAACAGAAGAAGAGGGCCCUCGGGAAGAAAGAGGCCCCCGUUGUUAUUGUCGAGGAGCAUUCCUCCUCCGAGCCCCCGGUUCAAGUCCCCGGAAUGGCGUGGCCCCCAGAGAGCGUGCAGUUCUCCAUCAGCAAGGGGACUGCCAUCAUGCAUGGCACCCUCAGCCCGAGGGAGUUCUUGAUGGGUGCCACCGCUUCGACAGACAAGUCGGUGAUGUCGCGGCAGGCUGACGACGCCCUCUGCUCCAAGGUUCUGCAGGCUUCGAUCACUGCAAGUAUUGGCCUAUCAACAUUACUUAUCCUCUUGAAAGAUUGGCAAAGCUAUACACGGAGGAGAUUGUGAGACUACAUGGAGUUCCAAUAUCCAUUGUCUCGGAUAGGGACCCACGUUUCACAUCCCGAUUUUGGCCAAAAUUUCAAGCAUCUUUGGGUACGAAGCUAAAGUUUAGCACAGCCUUUCACCCACAGACGGAUGGGCAAUCCGAGAGGGUGAUACAGAUUCUGGAAGAUAUGCUUAGGGCAUGUGCUCUGGAGUUCCAAGGGAGUUGGGACAAGCAUUUGGCUCUGGUCGAGUUCGCCUAUAACAACAGUUAUCAGGCGAGUAUUGGCAUGCCUCCGUACGAGGCAUUGUAUGGGAGGAAAUGUAGAACACCGUUGUGUUGGGAUGAGGUUGGCGAAGCCAAGCUCGAGG